GUGUAUGUGUCUGACAUGGGUAUGUGCGCCCAGCAGGGGUGUGUGAGCCUGACGGGUGUAUGUGUCUGACAUAGGUGUGCGUGCCUGGCAGGGGUGUAUGUGUCUGACAUGGGUGUGCGCACCUGGCAGGGGUGUGUGUGUCUGACAUGGGUAUGUGCACCUGGCAGGGGUGUAUGUGUCUGACAUGGGUGUGUGCGCCCAGCAGGGGUGUGUGCCUGACAGAGGCCUGGCUUAGUGUUCAGGUUCCACAGUACAUGAAGAAUCCUACAUAUCCUUGUGGACAAGGCAGUACGGUGGAAUUUGGGACAAAAGACUUGCAUAGAUUUUUUUUUUUUUAACAAAAGAUGAAAUUGAAAUGGCAAUGAGCUCAUGCUUAUUCAUCCAGUGAGCAUUGAGGACCUCCUAAGGCCAGGCCCAUGAUGAAGAUCCCGAGGAUGAAGACGCCUUGUUGUCCAGGUCAGUGGGUGACAGCAGUCGAAGUCAGGGGCACCCAGUACCACAGCCCUGGCUACUGCUGACAGGAGGGUAAGUCCCCUGCCACGUGGGCAGAGCCGCCUCUGCAGAUUCCCAGGUGGAUCUCCUGGGGCAGGGACUGGCAGGCUGUGGCCUGUGAGCAGAUUCUGCAACCUGAAAGCUAGGAAUGGUUUUUACAUUUUUAAGGAGUUAUAAAACAAAACAGGAAGAAUCUGCAACGGAGACCAUAUAUGGCCUGCACAGCCUAAGGUUUAUGGAAAGGGACAGACCUGCUCUAAGGGGCUCACUUGCUGGCGGGACCUCAUCUGGGUUGCCAAUUCUGCUGACUCUGCAAUUGGAAGGUCUCAAGGAAGUCUAUGUGCUGGGUAGGAUUUCCAGAUCCCAAAAUGCUUUGUUUCCACCCAAACCCACAGGGCAGAGAGAGCCCUCCUCCCUGUUCCUCAGCAGAGGCCUCCACACUGUGUGCUUACUGGCCUACCAGAGUGACAACCACUGCCAGCUGUCUGCAUCUUCUUAGCACCCCUUAGUGUGGGUGCAUACUGAGGGCACUUAAAACCAUAAACAGGCAGAGAAAAUCUCCAGUCUUCCAGGUAAUCUCAGAGGACCCAGUGAUUUAAGAGGAAAAGACCAGAUUGCUGCUUUCAGUAGGACCACUGUGUGAUGCCAGCCUGUCAGUCAGUGCACAUAGACAUGGGGUCCUGAGUUGGUUACCUCAGAACCAUGAGUGGUAGGUGGACAGAGUAGCCCCUAAUGAAGCAGAAAUACUGGAAGAGACAGUACCUAAUUUAGGUUGAGAAGCAAAGAGAGGCCUCAGAAGAUGAAGGCAGAGUACGAGAAAGGCUUUCUAAAACUGACAAGCCUGCUAUCCACAUUUUGAGAUGUAUUAGAGAAAUUGGAAAAAAACAUGCUGAGUGUAGAAUGUCAGCAGAAAGGUGUGGCCACAGUCAAGAGGGCCCUCUGUGGGUGCUGUGGUCCUGGACUUCGGGUGGGCCUGAUGGAGGCUGUGCCCCCCCUCACCCUCCCAGAUGAGUCCUCUGUGAUGGGGGUGGGUGAAGCUGAGUGCUGUCCUGAAAAUCUGACCAUGCACAGCCCUUUUCAAAGACCCUUGUAAUUUUAGAGGCCACCAGCAGCCAUGGGACUAGGCAGCAUCAGAGCAGGGACACAAUGUGAGUCAUUCGUGCCUGUGUUCAUCCUGUGGUGGCCCUGGGCCCAUGGGAGUGGGAGGGAUCAGAAGGACUGGAGGGAGGGAGUAAAGCUAAGGGAAGGAGUGGGGACAAUGGACUCCCUCCCCUGCUUGGUGGCCAGCUGCCUUGAGGACUCGCUCUCUUAGGAAAAGUCCACCGGUCUCUGAGCUCUGAUUCUGGCCUCCUGUCAGGUGCCCUCAUGCGGGAAUGAGUGACAGCAGGGCAGGCCUUCCAGUCUUCCAGCAAGCUCUGCAUCAUGGGCGGGAGACCCUGCUCUUAAAAACAUGUAGACCCUUAACACUCUUCUUCCUCAGACCUGGGUCCUUUGCCUAAGCCGAGAUGACAGGGAAAAACUACAGGUACACCAGAUUUAGGGACAAUAACAUCAAGUGUUGCAAAUAAAUGGAACUGCUGCUGGUAAAGCGGGCUGUGGAGUCGUGGUGUUUGCUACAGCUGGCAUCACAGUUUGCAAUUCAGAACCUGUAGCAGUGCUCAAGAGAGAGUCAUUCCUUUAACAACAGACAUGGACUGAGCCCCCGUGGGCAGGCACUGACCGAGGCCUGGGGACAAACGUGGGGGCAGACCAGCCCUAUGGUGACAGCUGGUGGAGGGUGGAGAACAGAAGACCUGCCCUGCCAGGCAGCGGCCGCUGUGAGAGCAGGGGUGCUCCCGCACCCAGAGGAGACACCCAGCUGCUCUCUGCCAGGUUGCUUGGUGUGCACCCUGCGGGGAGAAGGCUGUCCCCGGCUGGUGUCCACAGGGUCCAGGGCACAGUCUGAAUUUACUUCUGUUCAGUAUUUCCCAAAGGCUUUUUCUGCAUGAAGGGAUUCGUAGUGGCACAGCAGCUCCCUCUUGUGGACAGAUUCCCUCCUGUAAGGGGAAGUAUAGCUGAGGUUCCAGCCUGCCACCCCUUGUGAUCCUGAUGUGCGGAGCGUUCUGGAACUGAAGACUUCUGACCCCCUUCUUAAUCCACGCCGUAGCCAUGCCUGGGGGCUCUUGACCAUUCCUGGCCCCUGGCCGCCCUUCCUUGGUCUGAGGACAGAAACAGUCUCCGCCAGUCAAGAAACCCUCAAAAGUAUUUUGCCAUGGAUAUAGAAGAUGAAGAAAACAUGAGUUCCAGCAGCACUGAUGUUAAGGAAAACCGCAAUCUGGACAACGUGUCCCCCAAAGAUGGUGGCGUGCCUGGGACUGGCGAGGGCUCUCAGCUCUCCAAUGGGGGUGGUGGUGGCCCCAGCAGAAAGCGGCCCCUGGAGGAGGGCAGCAAUGGCCACUCCAAAUACCGCCUGAAGAGAAGGAGGAAAACACCAGGGCCCGUCCUGCCCAAGAACGCCCUGAUGCAGCUGAAUGAGAUCAAGCCUGGCUUGCAAUACAUGCUCCUGUCCCAGACGGGGCCCGUGCACGCGCCUUUGUUUGUCAUGUCUGUGGAAGUGAAUGGCCAGGUUUUUGAGGGCUCUGGUCCCACAAAGAAAAAGGCAAAACUCCAUGCUGCUGAGAAGGCUUUGAGGUCUUUCGUUCAAUUUCCUAAUGCCUCUGAGGCCCACCUGGCCAUGGGGAGGACCCUGUCUGUCAACACGGACUUUACAUCUGACCAGGCCGACUUCCCUGACACGCUCUUCAAUGGUUUUGAAACUCCUGACAAGGUGGAGCCUCCCUUUUAUGUGGGCUCCAACGGGGAUGACUCCUUCAGUUCCAGCGGGGACCUCAGCUUGUCAGCCUCCCCUGUGCCUGCCAGCCUCGCCCAGCCUCCUCUUCCUGUCCCACCACCGUUCCCACCCCCAAGUGGGAAGAAUCCCGUGAUGAUCUUGAAUGAACUUCGUCCAGGGCUCAAGUAUGACUUCCUCUCCGAGAGUGGAGAGAGCCAUGCCAAGAGCUUCGUCAUGUCUGUGGUCGUGGAUGGUCAGUUCUUUGAAGGCUCGGGGAGAAACAAGAAGCUUGCCAAGGCCCGGGCUGCACAGUCUGCCCUGGCAACCAUUUUUAACUUGCGUUUGGAUCAGACGCCGUCUCGCCAGCCUAUUCCCAGUGAGGGUCUUCAGUUGCAUUUACCGCAGGUUUUAGCUGAUGCUGUCUCACGCCUGGUCCUGGGUAAGUUCGGUGACCUGACAGACAACUUCUCCUCCCCUCACGCUCGCAGAAAAGUGCUGGCUGGAGUUGUCAUGACAACAGGCACAGAUGUUAAAGAUGCCAAGGUGAUAAGUGUUUCUACAGGAACAAAAUGUAUUAAUGGUGAAUACAUGAGUGAUCGUGGCCUUGCGUUAAAUGACUGCCAUGCAGAAAUAAUAUCUCGGAGGUCCUUGCUCAGAUUUCUCUAUACACAACUUGAGCUUUACUUAAAUAACAAAGAUGAUCAAAAAAGAUCCAUUUUUCAGAAAUCAGAGCGAGGAGGGUUUAGGCUGAAGGAUAAUGUCCAGUUUCAUCUAUACAUCAGCACUUCUCCCUGUGGAGAUGCCAGAAUCUUCUCACCACAUGAACCAAUCCUGGAAGGGUCUCGCUCUGUCACUCAGGCUGGAGUGCAGUGGUGCAGUCAUGGCUCACUGCAGCCUCGACCUCCUGGGCUCUUAAGAGAUCCUCUCACCUCAACUUUCCCAAGGAAGGCAGCUGGGACUACAGAACCAGCAGAUAGACACCCAAAUCGUAAAGCAAGAGGACAGCUACGGACCAAAAUAGAGUCUGGAGAGGGGACGAUUCCAGUGCGCUCCAAUGCAAGCAUCCAAACGUGGGACGGGGUGCUGCAAGGGGAACGGCUGCUCACCAUGUCCUGCAGUGACAAAAUUGCGCGCUGGAACGUGGUGGGCAUCCAGGGAUCCCUGCUCAGCAUUUUCGUGGAGCCCAUUUACUUCUCGAGCAUCAUCCUGGGCAGCCUCUAUCAUGGGGACCACCUUUCCAGGGCCAUGUACCAGCGGAUCUCCAACAUAGAGGACCUGCCACCUCUCUACACCCUCAACAAGCCUUUGCUAAGUGGCAUCAGCAAUGCAGAAGCACGGCAGCCAGGGAAGGCCCCCAACUUCAGCGUGAACUGGACAGUAGGCGACUCCGCUAUUGAGGUCAUCAACGCCACGACAGGGAAGGAUGAGCUGGGCCGCGCGUCCCGCCUGUGUAAGCACGCGUUGUACUGUCGCUGGAUGCGUGUGCACGGCAAGGUUCCCUCCCACUUACUACGCUCCAAGAUUACCAAGCCCAACAUGUACCAUGAGUCCAAGCUGGCGGCAAAGGAGUACCAGGCUGCCAAGGCGCGUCUGUUCACCGCCUUCAUCAAGGCGGGGCUGGGGGCCUGGGUGGAGAAGCCCACUGAGCAGGACCAGUUCUCACUCACGCCCUGACCCGGGCAGACAUGAUGUGGGGUGCAGGGGGCUGUGGGCAUCCAGCGUCGUCCUCCAGAACCUCACAUCUGAACUGGGGGCAGGUGCAUACCUUGGGGAGGGAGUAGGGGACACAGGACCACCAGGUGUCCACUGUUGUCCCCAGCAUCUCACAUCAGACCCGGGGCAGUACACAGUGUGGGGAGGGGACAGGGGUGUGUUGGGGCCCGGUCUCGCCACCUGGCAUCUCUCUGCCACAGUAUUUCCCCUUCUGAACCGUCCAGUGACUGCUUCCAAUCUCAGUUUAUGUUUAGAAAUUGAGUUCUACUGAGUAGGGCUUCCUUAAGUUUAGGAAAAUAGAAAUUACUUUGUGUGAAAUUCUUGAAUAAAUAAUUUAUUCAGAGCUAGGAAUGUGGUUUAUAAAAUAAGAAGUAAUUAUGUCAGGUCACUUUUAGGCCACAUUAUUUUAACUGCAAAAAAGCAUCUAUAUAUGGAGGAGGGUGGGAAAUAGAGGUAGGAAGUAGUAACCUAAAGGAAAUUGCCACACGUCUGUCUAAACUUAGGUCUCUUUUCUCCAUAGGUACCUCCGUGGCUAGUUUCACACACUAGGUUUUAACAGUCUCUCCCCGAGGAGCAGACUCCCAGCAUGAUGUAGCGUGGCCCUGUCACGCACAUGGGGUCCCACAGCGGUGACUGUGUGUCCUGCAGAGUCAUGACCCAGGACCCUGUAGCCCUCAGCCUCCUCUAGAAGCUUCUGUUCUCGUUGUAGGAUCAGAUCAUGGAAAACUUUUCUCAUUUUAUUCUAAGUAAUCACAGAUAAAACGUGGCCAGUAACCCAGGCUGGCCAUUAAUUCGGGUUUUUUAAACGAUAUUUAACUUUUAUGGACUAGAAGGAAUCAGGAGGGCUGCUGCACAAUACACGGCCUAAGUUCCCUCUUCCUUACUCCGAGUCGAAUGGAUGUGAGUGACUGCCCAAAGACCUUCACAGGAUGGAAGGAGAAGUAUUUCAGUAGAUAUUCAUUCCUGGAAAAUGCCGUAGAGGGCAUGUUUUAAAAUUAUUGUUUCCAGCUUUAUCAAAGACAUGUUUGAAAAAUAAAAAGCAUCCAGGUGAGAGCUGGUGAGACCAGGUGCUGCUGGCAUAGUGUAGACCAAAUGCUGACGGUCCCUACAGGGGUGCUCAGGGCUGCCUAGCACCCACAGUGCACAGGACGGCCCCGCGGCAGAGGGAGCCAGCCCAGGAGGUCAGGAGUGCGGGCAAGGGCCCUGUGUAGACCACCUCCACCCAGCUCAGAGAUUUGCACCAGUUGCCUUGUUGCCUCCGCUCAGGAUGAAAGAGGAGCCAAGAGAAAUGCUCUGCCCACCAGUGCAGUGCCCAGCUCUAAGGCACUGGAGGGUGCUCAGGUGGGUCUCCUGGGGCCAUGGGCAAAGAUUGGUGCAGACUCCACCCUACAGCAUACAUUUGCCACAGCGAAGUCCAGGGUGAUGACGCCUGUGUGUCCGUGAUGGGCCUAGGAAACCAGAACAGGGGCAGAGGGGCAUCCUCCUCCCCCUAGGCCCGGGGAGCUCAGACCUGAGAAGGGAAGCGCCACGGCUUUGGUGGGAUGUGCGCCUCCCGAUGUCAGGAGCCCUGUCUGCGUGUGUCCACACAGAUCUCGUCCCAGCAUGGCAGGAAGGGGUGCUGCUUAGCUCGUUGUUGGGGACACGACCAGGUUCAGAGGCACGAACUUCUGCCCCACACCAGCCUUCUCCUCUACCGAAGAGGGUAGUUGUCUCCCUGAACCAGUCAGAGUGGGCAUUGCAGGCCCCUCCACAACAGUGGGGUACUGUUUAGGCAGAUUGUGUGGGGGUUUCUGUACCUGCAGAAGGAAAGGGGUCUUCGCUGGCCUUCCCCCAAGCAGGCUCUUGCACAUUCUAGGUAAAACACCAUGUAAGUCUAUGUGUUUUUAUUCUUGUCUUGAUAAAUUGUAUUUUUUUCUAAUGGGGAUUGGGAGAUGGACUUAGUUUUUAAAAAUAUGUGGAUUUUGGUUACAAAGUUUACUGUUAAUAUAUUCCAUUUACAUACAAAACUACCCAGUAUGUCUGGCUUUUUCCUUCUGUCAGGAAAUAGCUAAAAUGAGCAUGAUUGCUUCCUGUACCACCCCAAAUAAGUGAGGGCCUCACCUUGUGGGGCCUGAGCAGGUGCCUUGAGACCCUAAGGUGCACCUUUCCUGGGUGGACAGGCAGGCACAGGAUGUCCCACCCCAAGCCUUCCAGGCAGGAGGAAGGUAGCCAAGGCAACUGGGUUCAGGGAGGCCUGGGCAGGGCAGUUGCGGGGAGGAAGCUGAUGUGCAGGAGCCACUCUCCUGGCCAGGGGACCAGAGGCUGUGCAGUGCUCCUAGGACUGCACAUCUGUAGUCAGAAAAAAAAAAUACAGAAUGCUGGCUCCUCCCUGAGACAGAUGAGGAAACUUAGCACUUUAAUUUCCCUUCAGAGCGCUCAUUGUGCAUUAGACUCUAGCUGUUCCAUUGAGGUGUCAUUUUGCAUCCCAUGUCCUUGAUAUGGGUUUUAGAGACUUAGAAGAAAAUUUGGUACAAGCAGGAACUUGAUUUUUUUAAGAAACGUCUUACAUUUUGAGGACAUUUUGACAAGUAGGGAAAGAGGGGGCUUCUGUUUUGUUUUGUUAGCCAAACCUGAAGUAUUAAUUCCACAAACACACUGUCCCUCGGGACCACUCAGGUACAGCUCUGCCAGGGACAGAGUCCUGCUGUUGGGAGGUCAGUGCUGCAAAAGUCUCAGGUGGGUGGUGUGUUCUGUGCCAUGAGGAGUGAAAGGUCGAGAUGGAUGUCACCACCCUCCUCCGCACUCAUCACCCGGUCAUACGCCAGGCCCACCUCUUCCCAGCAAGGGAUGCCAAAGAACUGCAGUUCUGAUUCUGCGUCUUCAUUUAACUUUUCAUCAUCUUUUCCUGUUUUGGAGAAUUUUGUAUAAUCAGAAGCAAUUACUUUAAAAUGUACUGGCCACUGUCUCACAAGGCAUGGAUAUCUCUGGAUUUUUUUUUCAAAUAACUAUAUUUAUUUCCAGGCUGUGGAACCGCUGCUUUCUUCGUGAAAACAGUGUCUCUCCCUGUAAUCUCACACAAAUACACUGAGGAGGGGACGGCUCCGUCUUCACAUUGUGCGCAGAUCUGAGGAUGGGAUUAGCAGCACACCUGGAUCUGCCCAUGUCUCAGAGCAUGGCAGUGGCUCUUUUUCCUUCUAAAAUACUUUACCCCAGAAGCAGGUCAUCUGCCCCAGGCAUAACUUUAUCCAGAAAAAGAAGGAAAAUUGGCCAUCUUUCCCACCUCUAGAUUCUGUGAAAUUACACACUUGCUCAAAAGAUUCCUUCUUAUCAAUCCCAUGCUGUGUAAGUGGAAAGGGCGGAGUGUUUGUGUACCAUGUGUGUCCAGUUUACAGCGUCCCUGCCCCUUAACAUGUUGUGUGACAAUCUCCCUGGGUGAGGAGUGGGUGUACCCAGGCCCAAGGCCGGUGGGUCACUCAGUGCCUUCCAUGUGAGUUCUGGUGUUCACUUGAUGCCGGGGAAUAGAAUUAGAGAAGCCUCUGACCCGCCGGGUGCCAGGGACUGGUGGAGGUGGCUGGCAGGUCUGACUUGACCAUAACCUUUAGUUGUAAGGGUGUGUUGGCUUUUUCAGUCUCUUGUGAAAAGUCUCCUGUCUCUGGCAGCACCGUCUGCACUUUCUUGUUUACUGUUUGAAGGGACAAGUACCAAGCCCCAAGAACACUUACUUUGGCCACAGCAUAAGCUGAUGGUGUGUGAGGAACUGAUGGGCCAUUAAACAUGAAUGGAGCCGUGAAAAGCACAGUCUAUGGACAUUCAUGGAGUAAGCCCCUAAAGCUGUUUGCUUUUUCAGGCUUUAGGUUACAUGCUUUUAAUUUGAUUUUAGAACCUGGACACUUUCUAUGAAUGUAAUUCGGCCAAGAAACUUGUUGCUACGAUGCAAUCCUCAGUGUUCUCUGUAUGUAUAUUUGUGUAUACACCACACAUUACAACUGCAUGAGCUUCCUCUCGCACUGAGACCAGCCGGAACUGAGCAUGAGACGCUGUCAAAUACAGACAAAGGAUUUGAGUCAAUAAAAAAGAAAAUGUUUCACUA